AUGGGCCGAUUUGGGAGCAAGAAAGAGGCCGAGUUGGCUGUUGGCAAGGAACUAGCUGCGGUCCUACCAAAUAACCCCAAACCAUGGUAUCUUGUACCACAUCUUCUGAAGCUUAAUCUGAUACUCCUCGUCCCCUUGUUCUCUUCUGCUUCUGUUGGCUAUGAUGGAUCGAUGAUGAACGGUCUACAAACCCUUCCCCAGUGGCGAGUAUUCUUCGACCGACCCGAAGGUGCGAUGUUGGGCCUCAUGAACUCGAUCUACCCUGUCGGCAAAGUGGUCGCUUUGUUCUUAGUCUCUUACUUGGUCGACCGUUUUGGUCGCCGCAUACCUAUUCUCUUUGGCUUAAUCACUUGCAUAGCAUUUGCCAUCAUGCAAGGGCUGUCACAGAACCUAGCCACUUUCGUCGUGGCGAGAUUUCUACUCGGGUUUUGCACCAGUUUUCUGAGCCAACCGAGUCCAAUCAUCGUUACUGAGCUUGCAUACCCUACGCAUCGCGGCAAGAUCACUGCUAUGUACAACACCUUCUAUUACUUCGGCGCCAUUUUUGCCGCUUGGACCACAUACGGGACCUUCAAAAUCCAAUCAACUUGGAGCUGGAGAAUUCCAUCGAUUCUACAAGGUGCAAUUCCAGCCAUACAACUCCUGGGUUGGUACUUCCUCCCAGAAUCUCCGAGAUGGCUCGUUGCCCAUGGCCGUAAUACUGAGGCUCGAAAAGUUCUUGCCGAUUGGCACGCUGCUGGGGACCUCCAGUCUGCUUUGGUCGAAUUUGAAAUGCGUGAGAUUGAAGCCGCUGUGAUGGCCGAGGCCGAUGCUAUGUCGUCGACAUCAUGGUUUGACCUCGUCCGCACUCCUGCCAAUCGCAAGCGAACUCUUAUCGCGAUCAUUACCGGUUGGUUCGCCCAAUGGAAUGGCGUCGGGGUGGUCAGCUAUUAUUUGGUUCUCGUGCUCAACACCAUCGGUAUCACUAAGGUCAAAGAUCAGACCUUAAUAAACGGCCUGCUUCAGAUCUUCAAUUGGUUAGUGGCGACGUUCCUGGGUGCUUUCAUGGUUGAUCGGCUAGGUCGGCGAUUCUUGUUCCUGCUAUCUUGCGCAGGCAUGUUGAUCAGCUACAUCAUCUGGACAGGACUAACGUCUUACUUCGUAUCCGCUCGUGGCGAGGCCACGGGUCGUGCUGUCGUGGCUUUCAUCUUCAUAUAUUAUUUCUUCUACGACAUCGCCUGGACUCCUCUCCUACAAGCUUACCCGGUUGAGAUCUUUCCUUACACACUACGCGCACGCGGCCUGGCCACUACCUACAUAUCCUCUUUCAUCGCUCUGAUCUUGGGCAAUCAAGUCAACCCAAUCGCCAUGAAAUCAUUAAGCUGGAAGUAUUACAUUGUCUUCUGUUGCAUCCUGGCCUUUCUUUUUGGCAUCAUCUAUUUCUUGUUCCCCGAGACCAAAGGCCAUACCCUGGAAGAGAUCCGUGAGAUCUUCGAGGGAAAACUCAAUGUCAGAACCGAGGACUUGGAGGAAAAGCAAUCGGAAUCGAAUUCACACCAUGAGACUUCGAAUAAAGUCACAAGUCAAGUUCAAGUUGCACCAUAG